CCUGCGCCCCUGCCCCACCCAUGACACCGGCUCCCUCCACCUGCAGAAAGAAGAAAACAAAAACAAACUAGCAGGAUGGAGAGCAGAAAGCAACUGCUGCAGGCGCCACGCCCUGCGGCCAGGAAGCUUGGGGGUCCGCACCCAAACCGCCUAGGUGGUGAGGGUCGGGCACUGGGUAAUAAAAGAUUCAGCGCAUCAGAGGCAGGCUCAGGGAGGCAAAUUGCCCAAAAACAAGCUGGAUAUAAUCUGAGCACUUUUGAUGGUCAUUUCAGCUACAACCUGGAAAAUAAUUUGACUGUCCCGCCACUUUACAAAGGGAAGACAAUCAGCAUCAUCCUGCUCCAGUUACAAAGUCUCCAAGGACCCUCCUGGACUCCUUCUCCCCAGGCCCCUGGAAGGAGUGUGAUGCCCCUCACCCUCCUGCUGCUGCUCUGGGGGCCCCUGGCCCUGAUGGAGACCCGGGCGGGCUCCCACUCCCUGACGCUUUUCUACACCGCGAUGUCCGGCAAUGGCAACGGCAACAGCAAAGGCAAUGGCAACCACAACCACAAUGGGGAGCCCCGCUUCAUCGCUGUGGGCUACGUGGACAACACACAGUUCGGGCGGUUUGACAGCGACUCUCAGGGCCAGAGUGCGGAGCCCCGGGCGCCCUGGGCGGGGCAGGUGGGGCAGGAGGAGCAGGACGAGGAGACUCAGAUCCAAAGGAACAACGCACAGUGGUUCGAAGCGCUCCUGAGGGACCUGCGCGGCCGCUACAGCCAGAGCGAGGACGGGUCUCACACCCUCCAGAGCAUGUUUGGCUGUGAAGUGGGGCCAGACCUGAGCCUCCUCGGCGGGUAUGACCAGUUUGCCUACGACGGCGCGGAUUUCAUCUCCCUGAGCGAGGACCUGCGCUCCUGGACCCCCGCGGACUCGGUGGCUCAGAUCACCCAGCGCGAGUGGGAGGCGCAGGGGAGGGCCAGGCGCGUCAGGAACAGUGUGCAGAGCAGGUGCUUCCAGUGGCUCUGCAGACUCCUAGAGUCGGGGAAGGAGGUGCUGCAGCGCUCAGAUCCCCCCAAAACACAAGUGACCCACCACCUCACCUCUGAGCAUAAGGUCACCCUGAAGUGCUGGGCCCUGGGCUUCUACCCUGCGGAGAUCACCCUGGCCUGGCAGCGUGAUGGGGCGAACCUGACUCAGGACACAGAAUUGGUGGAGACCAGGCCUGGUGGGGAUGGAACCUUCCAGAAGUGGGCGGCUGUGGUGGUGCCUUCUGGAGAGGAGCAGAGAUACAUGUGCCGUGUGCAGCAUGAGGGGCUGCUGGAGUCCCGAGUCCUCACUUGGGUGCCCCCUCCUCAGUCCUCCAUCCCUAACACUUGCCUCGUUGUUGGCCUGGUUCUCCUUGGAGCUGUGCUCACUGGAGCUGUGGUGGCUGCAGCUGUGCGGUGGAGGAAUACGCGCUCAGGGGGACACGCAAUCAGCUACAGUCAGGCUGCAGCAACAGCACCCGGGACUCUGGGAUGUCUCUCACCCCCUGGGAAACCCCAGAGGACAGGGCCAGGUUGUGGGGAGCUGUGAGCGGGACAGUCUUAGGAUGUAGUGCGCCAGUGUAACUCUGUGACAUUCAAGAUGGUGAUAACAAUGAGCUCUCAGAUAAGGAUUCCAUGUCCCUUGAAGUGUCUUUCAAAAUAAACAUGAUUUAA